AUGGAGGCUAUCAAGGAGACUUUCAGACGCUGCAAGGCGCAGAGCAAGGCCGCCCUCGUUACAUAUGUCACGGCCGGCUUUCCUCGGGCUGAGGACACGCCGAGCAUCAUGCUCGCCAUGGAGAAGGGAGGCGCUGACGUGAUUGAGCUCGGCGUCCCCUUCACCGACCCCAUUGCCGACGGCCCCACGAUUCAGACCGCCAACACCGUUGCUCUGGAGAACGGCGUUACCAUUGAAUCUUCCCUUCAGAUGGUCAAAGACGCGAGGAGUCAGGGCCUCAAGGCGCCCGUGCUGCUCAUGGGCUACUACAACCCCCUGCUCAGCUACGGCGAGGAGCGCCUGCUUCAGGACUGCCAGGCUGCUGGAGUCAACGGCUUCAUUGUCGUCGACUUGCCCCCCGAAGAGGCCGUUUCGUUCCGCAAGCUCUGCACGCGCGGAAACCUCUCAUAUGUGCCCCUUAUCGCUCCGGCCACCUCAGAUGCUCGCAUGAAGAUUCUCUGCCAGCUCGCCGAUUCCUUCAUCUACGUCGUGUCCAGGCAAGGUGUCACCGGCGCCCUCGGGACGAUCAACGCAAAGCUACCCGAGUUGGUCGAGCGAGUCAAGCGGUACAGCGGCAACAAGCCCGCAGCUGUCGGCUUUGGUGUCAGCACCAACGAGCAUUUCAAGAGCAUUGGAAGCAUCGCCGAUGGUGUCGUCGUCGGUAGCCAGCUGGUGACCACGCUGCAGAAGGCCCCGGCUGGCCAGGAGGCCGCCGAGGUCGAGAAGUACCUGGCCUACCUGUGCGGUCGGGAUUCGCUGCCUCAGGAUAACGCCACGCGCGAAGUCGGCCUGGUAGAAGCCGUGGCUGGAGCCCGAGAGCCGAGCGGUGAGAAUGUCACUGUCAACGCCGUGGUCGGCAAGGACGGCCGCAUCACCGCCGAGCAGGACAGCGCACUGGUUGCCCAGCUGGCCGCUCUCCACGGCAAGAUUCCGGAACGCUUCGGAGAGUUCGGUGGCCAAUACGUUCCCGAGAGCUUGAUGGACUGCCUGUCCGAGCUCGAGGAGGGCUUCAACAAGAUCAAGGACGACCCGGCAUUCUGGGAGGAGUAUCGGUCAUACUACGAUUACAUGGGCCGGCCGUCGCGCCUGCACAUGGCUGAGCGGCUGACUGAGCACGCCGGAGGCGCAAACAUCUGGCUUAAGCGAGAGGACCUCAACCACACGGGCAGCCACAAGAUCAACAACGCCCUCGGCCAGCUGCUGCUUGCCAAGAGGCUGGGCAAGACCAAGAUCAUCGCCGAGACUGGCGCCGGCCAGCACGGUGUUGCUACCGCCACGGUCUGCGCCAAGUUUGGCAUGGAGUGCACUGUCUACAUGGGUGCUGAGGAUGUUCGCCGCCAGGCUCUCAACGUGUUCCGAAUGAGACUUUUGGGCGCCAAGGUCGUCGCUGUCGAGGCCGGCAGCAAGACUCUUCGUGACGCCGUCAACGAAGCGCUGCGUGCUUGGGUUGUCGAGCUCGAGACGACACACUACAUCAUUGGCUCCGCCAUCGGCCCUCACCCGUUCCCGACCAUUGUCCGAACCUUCCAGUCCGUCAUUGGCGACGAGACGAAGAAGCAGAUGAUGGAGAAGCGUGGCAAGCUGCCCGACGCAGUGGUCGCUUGCGUCGGCGGCGGCAGCAACGCCGUGGGCAUGUUCUACCCCUUCUCCAACGACCCCAGCGUCAAGCUCCUCGGCGUCGAAGCCGGUGGCGACGGCAUCGACACGAACCGCCACAGUGCCACCCUGUCGGGAGGCUCCAAGGGCGUCCUCCAUGGCGUCAGGACCUACGUUCUCCAGAACAAGCACGGCCAGAUCUCGGACACGCACUCGGUCUCGGCCGGUUUGGAUUACCCUGGCGUUGGCCCUGAGCUGAGCUCCUGGAAGGACAGCCAGAGAGCCACGUUCAUCGCCGCCACGGACGCGCAGGCCUUCCAGGGCUUCAGGCUGAUCAGCCAGCUUGAGGGCAUCAUCCCGGCCCUGGAGUCGGCGCACGGCAUCUACGGUGCCAUUGAGCUGGCCAAGACGAUGAAGAAGGGCGAGGACAUCGUUAUCUGCCUGAGUGGCCGUGGUGACAAGGACGUGCAAAGCGUCGCGGACGAGCUGCCGAAGAUUGGGCCCCAGAUCGGCUGGGACCUGCGAUUCUAG